CUAUUUCUUAUGUCGUUGCAAUGCGACCGCGAUUUUCACCAUUAAAUUUGAGAUUACCUGAAUGGAAUUUGAGGAUCAAGGAAUGUUUAUCAAAUGGGCAUUGGCAAGAAGCAAUCUCUUGUUAUGUAGGAUUGAGAAGAUCUGGGGAAGAUUUAACAGAUAUUUCAGUCUUUCCCUCCAUUAUGAAAGCAAGCUCAAAAAUUUCCUUCAAACAUGGAGAAUCAAUGCAUGCUUGUUCAGUGAAGCAGGGAUAUGACUUCUUCAGUACUUCUGUUAUGAACUCAACGCUGGAUUUUUACAUGAAAUGGGGUGCCCCUAUUUCAGCUUUAUCCGUGUUUCGGGGAAUGAGAAACAGAGACUCCAUUUCCUGGAACAUCGUCAUUCAUGGGUACCUUGAUCAUGGUCUUUUAGAAGAUGGUCUGUGGUUUUUUCUGCAAGGACGAGUUUCGGGUUUCGAACCAAAUGUUUCUACCUUAGUUCUUGUAGCUCAAGCAUAUCGAGUUCUUGUAGAAUUUGCUGGUGGGAGGAAAUUUCAUGGUUAUGUAUUGAAAAGUGGGUUUUUGGGUGUUCUCUCUGUGCAGAACUCUCUAUUGGGUAUGUAUGCUGAUGCUGGAAUUGAUUAUGCACACCAGAUGUUCGAUGAAAUGUGUGAAAGAGAUGUUAUUUCUUGGAGUAUGAUGAUUGGUGCUUGUGUUCAAUAUGAGGAGCCGUUGUUGGCUCUGCAGAUAUUUAAGGAUAUGGAAGUUGAGCCGGAUGGGUUGACCAUGGUUAGUAUUCUUAAAGCCGGUAGUAAUCUUGAAGAUGAUAGCACUGGAAGAUGUCUUCAUGGCUCUGCCAUUUCUAGAGGGCAUGAUACCGAUGUGUUUGUUUCGAACUCUUUGAUUGACAUGUACUCCAAGUGUAGCGACCCAAUCUCCGCGCUGAGGGUUUUUGAUGAGAUGACUCUGAAAAAUGUUGUCUCAUGGAAUUCAAUCUUAUCUGGAUUGAUUUAUAAUAGAAUGCACGAUGAAGCUUUCGUCUUAGCUAAUUCCCUGGUGCAGGCAAAAACUGAAACAGAUGAGGUCACACUUGUGAAUCUACUUCAGUUAUACAAGUAUAUAUCUGAACCAUUUCAGUGCAAACUAAUCCAUUCCAGAGUAAUGAGACACGGGUAUGAAUUAAAUACUAUGGUUUUGAACUCCUUAAUUGAUGCUUAUGCCAAGUGCAAUCUCAUUGAGCUAUCAUGGAGAUUAUUUAUCAGAACAAAUAAUAGGGAUACAGUCUUAUGGGCAACGAUGAUUGGGAGUUUCGCCUAUUGUGGCAUGCCUGAUGAAGCAGUUACCGUAUUCCAUAAAAUGAGCGAGGUCGGGGAGAGGAAAAAUCUGGUGGUUGUCUUGAACUUAUUAGAAGCUUGCACAGUUACUGCUGAACUCAAAUGUUCCAAAUGGGCACAUGGCAUUGCCAUCCGAAGUAGCUUAGCUGCAUAUGUAUCUAUUGGAACUGCAAUUACAGACAUGUACUCGAAAUGUGGUGCAGUAGAAGAAGCAAGAAAGGCAUUUGAUCAAAUAACCCAGAAAAACAUCAUGUCAUGGAGCACUAUGGUAUCAGCAUAUGGUAUGAAUGGCCAAGCUCAAGAUGCAUUAAAUCUAGUAACUGCAAUGAAGCAACAUGGUUUCCAACCAAAUGCAGUAAUAGCACUUUCAGUCUUAGCGGCUUGUAGCCAUGGCGGCCUUAUUCAGUCGGGCCUCUCUUUCUUUAAGGAGAUGGUUGAAGAUUUUUGGAUUGAACCAAAUUUGGAGCAUUAUGCUUGUAUCAUUGACAUGUUGAGUAGAUCAGGAAAGUUGGAAUUUGCUAUGGAGUUGAUCAAAAUUAUGCCUGAACAUAUCAAGGGCCAAGCGAGUAUUUGGGGGGCGGUGUUGAGUGCUUGUACAAGGUACAAGAACGUUGAGAUUGGUGAAGGAGCAGUUUCACAAGUUCUUGAGUUAGAGCCCUAUGGUUCAUCUGGUUACUUGCUAGCAUCGAGUUUGCAUGCUAGUACAGGGUCAUGGAAUGAUGCAGCAAAAAUGAGGAGAUUAGUGAAGAAGCGAGGAGUCAGAAUAGUGGGUGGUUAUAGCUUAGUUAGAGUUGGUGACAGGGCUUUAAGGUUUGUAGCUGGAGAGAAGUCGACAACACAGGGACAGGGGAUUGAGAAUUGUUGUAUUGUUGAGCACUUACACAGAUGUAUGCACAUUGAUGAAGCAUAUGAUGGAAUUAUUGAAUAGUAGUAAUAAUGAAGAGGCUCAAUGUGCAUAUUCCAAACUUUGGUGUUUAACCACUCAAGUUUAAACUUUAAAAUCAUGGGAAUUGAAAAUAACUUUACCUGUCCUUUUGAUAGGUGUCACUAAA